UAAAGUUGGGAUGUUAUAUUACUAACUUUGAUUUUUGGGGACAAUUUAAAGGCUUUAUUUUGGUGAUUUAAGAGGUUUUAAAGUAGUUUAGUAUUGCAGUAAUUUUAAUUGCUUUGGUAUUGAUUUAUUUCUAAUUGUUUGGUUUAGGAGAGGACUUUGUAGAAGGCGACUUCUAGUUUUAAAGUGGCCAGCCGGAUUGUUUACACAAGGUUAUAUACAGGUUUCUAACAGGUUUUUAAGAGAGAAUUACUGGGGUGUUAUAUUAAGGGCAGUCACAACAACUAAUCACCCAGCUUUAAGUGAUAAUCACAAAGUUGCAAGGUUAAAAGGGGUGUGCAUCAUAUCAAUCCAGUACCAAGUGAAGGGGACCCAUCAUUUAUGGACAUGCAACAUCAAAUUCUCAUUGAUGAAAAGUGGUUCUACUUGAACCUAGAGACAAGGACCUUUUACCUAACACCUAAUGAAGAGGUACCUUACAGAGCACAACAAUCAAAGAAGUAACUAGGGUUUAAGAAGAGAAACUGGAGAAUUCUCUAGAAAAAAGGAUUUCUGGGCAGCAUGAUUGAGGUGAAUUGAAUGAAGAACAUUCAAUGGGGUAGUUGAGGAGAUGAGAGAAAUCUGUUGAAUUUAGAUGGAACUAGAGUGUACCCGAGCAAAAUGCACGGGAUAUAUAAGAAAAAAAAAUAUUAUUAAAGAAAAAAUAUAUUUAAAAUGUGGAAAGUUGAUUUUGAUGUUGUAAUUUAGACUUGAGCUGUAAUGGUUGAUUUUGGAUUGGUCGGUUCUGUUGAACCCUAAUUAGCUCUGUUGUACUGAGUAUUAAUAAUAAUCGUAUUAAUAAUGUGCUGACACCUUAUGUGCUAUAUUGAAAUAUGAUAUUCUAAGCAAAGCUUAGAAGCUCAAAAAACAGGGUCUUACUCUUUUAUGUCGGUGGCCACACAAUGCUAUUAUGGGGUUUACUUUUUCAAAGUUAUAAAGGUUACCCAUUCAGUGUUAUAGGGGUUACUCGUGUUACUCAGUUAGUGUCAUAUGGGUUAGCGUCUUGCUGUAGGAGUUACAUACUUUGUUCUGUUGCAAGUAGUUAUUCGCUGAGGCCAGUUGCACAAAAACGUGUUGUACAUUUUCCUUUUGGUUUUGAUGAUUAAAGAAAUGGAAAAUGUUUGGAGGGUAAUCCCUAAAAAAAAUGCAUAUAAUUAAAGGGUUGGGGAUUUAGAGUACUGUAAUUGAAGGGUCGGGGAUUUAGAGUACAUUUUUUUUUAUAUGUUAUACUGCGUACCAAAAAAAAAACACACACACACAUAAAGUGACAUGUUAGUAGUAGUCCCAUAAAAAAAAAAAAAAAAAAAAGAAAAAGAAAGGGUGAAUGAGUAGUUAUUUAUUUUUGUUUUUAUUUUUUUUUAAAUGAUAAAGAAAAUAAAAUAAAGUAGUGGGAUUGGUAGUUAUUUUUUCCUUUAUAAAAAAAAAAAUCUCAAAUGCAUGAGAGUUGAGGAUUGGGGAUUUGGAGGGCUCUUGUUAAAUGACUCUACAAUUAUAAUAUAGAUGUGAUUAGUUUUUGGUGAGAAUGGUUAGAUUAGGGUUAGGUUAUGAUAAUUAGAUUAGAAUGUAAGUGUAGUGUUUUGUUAUUAAUUAAUUUGAGUUAAAAAUAUAAGUAAGGGUAAAGUUGUUAUUUUAACCUAAAAAACUUACUAAAAAUGGAAAAAAAUUGUUGCAAGUAAUGUGUAACGGCUCAAAAAGGAAAUUGUUGCAAGUAAUCCGUAACGGAGGGAGUGCAUAUAUUGUCUAUAACAUAAAGGUCGAUAAAGAAUAUUAUAAUUAUUUAUUGCAAUCCAUAAUCCUAUGAUAGAUAAAUUGACGUAUUUUGAUUGUGUUUAUCUUAUACUCCAACACUAGUAAAACAUGGCAUGGAAAUUCUUAGUCUAUUCAUAGUAUAUUUUAUCUUAAAUAAACCUUGGUUUCAAAAAAUUUUAAGCACCAACUAUUUCAUUCAUUAAAGACUUAAGAUUAUGUUACUCAGACCCGAUAUUUCAUAUGAAAUUCACCAUUCACAUGUGUUUUCAAUGGUUAAACUUAAAUAUUUCCCAUGUUAUAGUUCAAACCUAUGCAAGUAUUGCUAUUAUCCGUAGCUACGACUAUAUCCUAUACUCCUAAACCUAAUUAUCCAUGUCAAAAUGUCGAGGAUCUAACACCGAGCAAAAUAAAAUUAUACCCAUGUCAAAAUGUAGAGGAUCCAACACCGAGAAUCCGACUAGGGUAGUGGUUCAUCAUGCCUUCUGAUUCUACUAUCAAUGUGCUAGAAAACAUGCAAAUCCUGAACUUGAAAUCACAUUUGUUAUGUAUGCAUGUUAAGUUCUGUUGCUUUAAAAACUUCAAACAUACCCAGUUUUCUGCGAAUUCUUGUGUUCUCAAACGGUACUAUGAUGCUUCUCUUCUCUGCGGCGCCAAAAUUAGUUAUGGGCAAUCUUUCCCAUGUCCAAUAUGGCGGUUUCUUUUGGUAAUUUUUAAUCUUUAUUUUUUAUUUAUAUUUUCAUGAACAAUGUUUAUUUUCUAGUAAUGUAUAAUCUGUGUUGCUAUUAAUUGCAAUAUUAUGUUUUUAUUAUGAUCUUCAGUUUUGGUUUAGAUUUAAGAAAUAUUGGAAUUAUUUGUGGGGUAAUUGCAUUUGGAUUUUCAAUAGCAUGAACUUUUGAAAUUGUGGGUGAGAAUAGGUUUUGAGGUAUUCUUAUUGGAGUAGUGAAUCAAUUGUUUCUAAAUUUGGGGAUUGGUAGUUUUUGUGUUAGGAUUUGGGACUUUUCAGAGAUCAUAUGAUGUUGAUAGAUGUGUAAUUGCCGGAGAAGUUUUGGUAGGGAUACUUUCGUAGCGAUACGAACAAUUUGAUUCUCGGUUGGGCUUAUUUUCCCUUGAGGGAAACCCUUUUGAAUGAAGAAUUUUGAAUUUUACCAUAAGAGUCACACGACGGGGAGCUUUCGUGAGGCUUUUGAUUUUGGAUUCCACAGUUUGUGAUCAAAUGGGCAAUCUUUGUUAGAUAGCUUUUCCGACAUGAACAUGAAGUUUUAUGCAUAUCACAUGGGAACUACAGAUUGAUCAAUCAAGUCUAUCAUUUUUGGGAAUUCAACAAACUUUAGGGAAAGGGUUGAUGUUUAGAACUUAAAUCGUUUAAAAAAAAACUUUGAAUUUUUAUCUUCAUUGAAGCUGGCAAUUUCCUCCUUGUUUGUGGAGUUUGUGGUGAAAGCGAGAAUGACUUCAAUAAUAAUACUAAGUUCAUGAAGGUGGCAACUUGGAUGUAAUGAUGGAUAAGUUUGUUGCCAUUUUAUUUGGAGAUUUCCCAGUUUUUGUAACUAGUUUGCGUGGGUAGCUGUUGAUGUAGGGUAAAUUAUCCAAUAACUCUAGAUAGAGAUUUCAUUAGACAACAUUUUGAGGUUAUUCUAGCAUUCAACACUGACUAUGUCGGUGAUUGCGAGUUUAUUUCUUGUAGAGACACUCGGUUAUGAAUUAGCUCAGAUUAACUACCAAUACGAUAUUAGGGCCAAAAAGAAGAGAUUAAGGACUGAGAGAGAUUAAAGGAAGAGAAGAGAUUAGGGGAAAACAAGUAAAGAUAUGAAUGAUAUGGUGUCGGAUCACCAAUUGCAUUCCUGGCAAUCUUUCGAGAGGAAUGACAAUCUCCCAAGACUACAGAAUAAUGACUCAACACAACAUUCAACACAAUUCCAUAUUUCCAUCUAUCUCCAAUCUGCUCUAUUUAUAGAGCUGUCCCUCUCACUAACUAGCUUAUUACCCAAUCCACUGGAUCAUAAUGCAACUACCUAAAUUGGCCCUCCCUCCAAUAUCAAUUCAUAGGACUCUCUCAAAAGUCAAAAAAAAAAAAAAAAAAAAAAAAAAUCUCAUUUUGGGCGCGACAGCGUCUGCCAGAUGUUUUGGACUCUUUUUAGUCAAUCUUUCAAUGAUGAUAGCUUAUCACUGGUGAUGUAAUGCUGAUUCUUAAUCUUAGUUAUUUUUAUUAACCUCUCAUACAUUUUCUUCCUCAUUGUCAUUCAUUUCCCAUGUCCAACCUCUAUGGAAGUUUAAACUUUUAAGAUGAAACCUUUAACCUGAUUUUUUGUUUUUGUUUUUUAUUUUUUUGUUUUUAUUUUUUUAAUUUUUUGUUUUGUUUUCUGUGGAGUGAUGUACGUAACCCUACUAAGGGUCUGUUCUCAUACGUUGAAAUUCAAUUCAAUUCAGCUCAGUUCAGCUCCUAAUUUCCUUCUCUUAUAAAAUAUUCAUUUCAGUUCAGUUCAGCUCUGCUGAGUUCAGUCAAUGAGAACAGGCCCUAAGUUUAUUUCCCGAAGACUGUCCUAGAUAGACACUUAACUUAUUUUAACCUUCACUUUAAAAGUAAACUGAAAUUGUUCUCUCCUUGGAUGUUAUAGGUUGCUCUCCUUAACUAUGAUGGAGGUUGUUAGGAGUAAGUCGGGAUCAUUAGUUUUCCUGCUACUAUUGUGGAUCUCCUACUGAGUAAACAUGUAGCUUUUUCUGUGGGGGAAGUAUUUUCUGUUGUAGAUGUCUCCUGCUUUCCCAGUUAUUGUUUGGGUGUCUCUACUUGGAGUGUAACACUUUAGUUUUCAAGUUGUGUUAUCAAAUGGAAUAUUUUCCAUUUUGGAUGAUGAAAUCAGAAGAUGCUGCCUUUGUACUACUAUUAUUUCACACAAAUUAGAUUGCUGGUUCACAAUAUUUUUUACCUGAAGGAAUUGAUCUGGUGGAUGAAAUCAGGGGAAGGAGGAAGAGAAAGAUGCCUAUAAUUUUAAUUGUUUUGCUUUUAGUGAUGGAAGUUUUUGCCAAAAACAUCAUAGACAUGAAGAUGGAUGGAGACAGUGUGAUGUAUGUGAAAGGAGAGUUCACUGUGGUUGCAUUAUGUCACUCCAUUUAUUUGAAACAAAUGACACUCAUGGUGUAACCUGCAAGAAAUGCCUUGAUAAAAGGAGUCCUGUGGUAUCAAUUAGAGGCACUUCUUCAACUUUGGACGAAUCUUGGGCUGGAUUAUAUCUUUUGGCAACCAGUGCUAUUGAGUACUCCCUUGCAGACCCUACUAUCUCUGCCGAACCCACCAACGCUAGGGGUGUCCUUGAUGACCCCACCACUGCUAGUGUCGUCUCUGCUAAUCCCACCAUUGGGGAUGCCCCUGCUGAUCCCACCAUUGGGGAUACCCCUGCUGAUCCCACCAUUGGGGAUGCCCCCUCUGAUCCCACCGUUGGGGAUGCCCCUACUGUUCCCACCAUUGGGGAUGCCCCUGCUGAUCCCACCAUUGGAGAUGCCACUGUCGGCAGUGAGGAUGAUCAAAACCCCGCCACUAUCAUCGGGGAGGCCCCUGCUGACCUUGCCAUGGAGGAUGGCCAUGCUAACUUCGCCACAAGGGAUGCCUCUACUAACAGUUCCAUCAUCACGGAUGCCGUCUUUGCUGACCCUGCCACCGGUGAUGUCCCUGCCAACCUAGCCAUCUUUGGGGAUGUUGUUGACCCCUCCAUUCCCGCCACCAUCAGGGAUGCCCUUGCUGACCCUGCCAACACCAAAAAUGCCCCAGACCCCGUCAUCAUAGGAGAUGUCCAUGUUGCCCCCACCAUCAUCCGGGAUGCCAUUAUCGGGGAUGUCCCUACCACCAUCAUUCGGUAUGCCUUUGCUCUCCCUGACCUCACCAUCACCGAGGAUGCUCUUGUUGACCCCACCAACAGUAGGGAUGUUCUUGCUAAUCCCACUGUCAUCGAAGAUGCCCUUGCUGCUCCCGACAUCAUUGGAGAUGCCAUCAUUAGGGAUGCCCCUGCUGACCCCGUUAUCAUCAAGGAUACCCUUGCUAGCCCUACCGCCACCGGUAAUGUCCUUGCAGACCCUUCCAUGGACGAUGCCUCUGCUGAUCCUAAUCAUCCUAUUGUCAGGGAUGCCAUCAGGGAUGCAUCCAUGGAUCCCUCCAUCAUCAAGGAUACUUUUGCGAGCUUUGCAAUCAUUGGUGACUCCCCUGCACACCCCUCUAUAAGCAAUGCCUCCGGGAAUGCCAUUGUGGAUGCCUCCUCCAGGAACCCCUCCAUCAUAGGGGAUGCUUCUGCUGACCCUUCCAAAAUCAGGUAUGCCUCUAAUAGCCCCACCAUUAUCAGUGAUGUGGACCCCGUCAUCGUCGGUGAUGCCUCUAUUAGAUCCCACCAAUGUCAGAGAUGCAGACCCCGUCAUCAUUGGGUCCAUUGGGAAUGCCUUUACUGACCUCUCCACUAGGGAUGACCCUAAUUUCCCAGUCACUGAGGAUGUAGACUAUAUCUCUUUGUAAACUUGUAUGAUGGUGGCAGCAUGCCAGCAUUAAAUUAAGAUGGCGCACAAGCUUGUGUCAGCUAGUGCCAUUAGCCUUCUGCCCCAUAAUAGAUUUUUUUAUAUAUAUAUUUAUAUUUAUAGUCCUGCAGCAAGCUUAUGGCAAUUGGUUAGAAAGAGUUUUUGCAAUCUUUCUGCACCAUGUUCAUGGCACCUAAAUACAUUGUAACAAAUUUGCAGUAUCCUUAGGUUUAUAAUCUGCAUUAUCCCCUUGAAUGAGUUGGAUCUUUUUUUCAUUGAUCUUUCUGCUCUGUUGACUGAGUUUCUUUUCUGUUUGUACUUGGAUAACAACAUUGUCUUAUGGUGUGUGUUAUGUUUGAAAGUAAGGAUUAGGUUUUAUUAUUCCUGCAUCUAAGUUAUUUCCUGAUUUUAUUUAUAAUUUAGCAUUUCUGUAAUGUGAUAAGUCUCAAAUCAUAAUUUCUAAAAAUUUGUGCAUUUUCUUGAACUCUUGGUUGCACUUCUGUCUCUUCAUUUGGGCUAAAUUUCUUAAACAUGAUCUAAAAAUUUGUAUACUGUGGAGUAUUCAUGCAGGUUUUAUUAUUUCAGCAGGUUCUUUGAUUUUGUAUUUUUGACUCCUCAUAUGGUAGCUUGAGAUCUUUGCCAUAGUGAUACCAUGUUUAAAAUGUGUUACCUCAAGUUGCCAAGUUUGGCACUUAUCUCACGCGGUUUUCUUCAAUCAAGAUGAAGUCAGUAACCAAAAAAGGAAUCCUUUCAUAAGGCAAUUAUAAAUCGAUCCGACUUUCAUGAAAUCAUGCAUCUGAAUUUAGAUUUACAGUCCACAUUUCCUUGGGUCUAUGUCUGAUUAGUUGAAAUGUUGGUUUGAGAAACUCGUUUAGCGUGGUUGUGAAAUGAAACUUAUUGAUGUUCUGUUGCGGAGUUUAAUUUUUGUAAAAUUACCAUGAAUCUGCUCUAUAAGACACUAACACAUUUUUGCUGUCAUUUUUUUCAGUGCUGUAUCUGCUGAAGGGCCUGAAGCUCCUGAACCCGGGACUGAUUAGUGAGCGUAGAAGCCCUUGGUGCAUCCUCAGGCAUAUGCUUCUUUGUGCCGAUUGUUGCGUCAAUUCUUAAUUAUGAAUAGCAUAAUUUAAAAAAAAAAAAACCUCUAUUAGGUGAAAUAACUUGUGCUACUUUGCUGGUUUGUUUUCCUGUUUUGAUACACUGUUCUGUUUCAUUACUCAUUAAUAUGAGAUGAGAGUGAGUAAUAGCUCAAGUGAUUAGAGCUUUCCUCCCGGUUUCAGGAGAUCCUGGGAUCGAUUCUCACCCCGCCCUUGUGGCUCUCUAAGCACCAAAAAAAAAAAAAAAAAAAAAACUCAUUAAUAUGAUAUUGGUAACACCUAAAAAUUUAUUUUGGACCUACAAUUU